UUUUUUUUUUUUAUUUUUUUAUUCAUCAUGUUAUCAUCAACCAAAUUGAACACUGGGGAAUAUCGAAAUGAACAGUAUGAAAAUCCUUUUGCUGAUUCGACAGUAGAUCCUUUUCAAGACAACAACGCCUACAUUGAGCCAGAUUUGGAUUUGACGGGUCAAUCAACAACAACUCAAUCACCAUUACCCACUGGUAAUAUAGGACAAAGCAUUAGAAGUAAUAACAUUCAAUACCAUGCUGCUACCUAUUCUGGGGAAGAUACUCUAGAUGAGCCCGUCACUGUAACCAUUUCGCGAGAUUUAAAAAAAGUGGGAAAUAAAUUAUUACAAGUUUUGCAUCCUAAAGGUGACCGACAAGUAUUAAGAGACUGGGAUCUUUGGGGUCCACUUUUAUUAUGUUUGACACUUGCCAUUGUCUUGAGUUUAAGAGCUCCUGACAAUCAAGCAGUGGCUAUAUUCACAGGUGUAUUUGUUAUUGUUUGGUUAGGAGCAGCUAUAGUUACAAUAAAUGCUAAAAUGUUGGGUGGAGCUGUUAGUUUCUUUCAAUCAGUAUGUGUUAUUGGUUAUUGUCUAUUUCCUAUUGUUGUUUCCGCUAUCAUUGCUGUCUUUGUAGGCUUUAUAUGGAUUAGAUUACCUGUUUCUAUUAUUACUUUUGCAUGGUCAACUUAUGCUUCUGUAGGAUUUAUGUCAGACUCACAAGUCAAUUUACAAAACCGUCGAGCUUUAGCUGUCUACCCUUUAUUUUUAUUUUAUUUUGUGAUAUCUUGGUUAGUCUUGAUUUCUUAAUAUUAAAUAUUAUGCAGAGUAAAUAAAGGGGUCUUUAUAUGCAAUAUUAAAUAUUACAAAAGUGUAUUCUUUUUUUUUUUUUUUUAAAAAAAAAAAAA